AUGCCUUCGAGCCCGUCUUCAAAUCUCGAGUCUGCUAGUCUGCUCGAGCACACUGAGCAUGCAGGUUUGACUCGGAUCCCUCUUGACGCGAUUCCCCUAGGUGCUAUCACAGGUCGAUCGCAUUCCAAUGAAAGCUCAAUCACCAUAUCCCCCACGAUCUGGAGUUCUUUGGAUACCACCAAUGGUGACCUCUUGGUGGGAGAUACCUUGCCACGAUUCGCCGCUAUCGAAUUUCUUCGACAGUGGUUUCCUGAGAUUGACCCAGAAGACCCACGCACAAAAACCUUCUCGCGAAAACUUUCCAACCGCGAUGUAGCUCUUGUUAUCCACCAGUCUCUUGCAGGGGUAGUCUUGAUAUUCAAUAUCAUCGUUACUGCGCUUGCCAUUCAUACAUCUGAUCCUGUCAACGGAAUGGCGGGCAUCAUCGACGUUCCUGGAGUCACUAAUUGUGAUCAGGUCCGAUCAUAUAAUUUGGGUCUUCACUUGGUUAUCAACUUUCUAUCGACCAUUCUACUCGGAUCCAGCAAUUACUGCUCCCAGCUUUUAGUUGCACCCACGAGGAAAGAUAUCGAGGAAGCACACAACAAACGGAAAACGCUUGAUGUUGGAAUCCAGAGUUUUCGGAAUCUGCGGUCUGUUGAUACCCGAAGGAGAGUCCUGUGGGUGAUGUUGAUGUUGAGCUCUGGACUUCUUCACCUAUUUUGGAACACUGUUGGAUUUGCGGCCUCCCCCAAAGUCUCAUAUAACGUGGGGGUUGUAACGAGCGAUUACCUGAAAGAUUCAAACCCGUGGAGCUACUCUAUGGCGGGGUUUGACGAAAUGCGUCGAAAUGCGACCGAUUUAGCACCCCUUUCUCGCGCCGAUUGCAUCGAGAGAUACACAAAUACCGACAACGGACUUAGCGAUGUGCUUCUAGUUGCUCGCAACAUUAGCAAACAUGACCAAAUGUCAUUCGCCAUUGAUAAUUCAUCAACUUUACUCUCCAACUUUUCCGCAUUUGAGGCUGCUACUCAUGGAGACGGGUUCAAGAGUAUACGUUGGGCUCAGGCAAAUUCAUGGGUAUGCUCUGCCUGGACACCUCUUGGCUAUUACGCAUUACCGCCGAACAGUGAAAGAGUCACUAUCUGCUCCGCCUCGGCAAUGAAGGCGUAUGUGAAUUCUUGGACUUUUACAAGAUGGGAGAAAGCUCCCGGGAGCCCUUCUGGGGUGCAGUUAUGGGCAGGUGUGGAUCAUUGCAUUCCUGCUAGUGAACCCCAUCCCACGGAGGAUAUUUGUGCGCUUCGGGUAAGCUACGCUCUACUGAUCAUUGUCUGCGGGUUGAACCUCAUCAAGCUCAUUUGUAUUUCUUGUACUGCUCGUCUUCAUCGUUCUAAUUGUUUCUCGAUUGGACAUGAGCGGGUCACAGAAGCCAAAACAACCUACCUUGUCACUGUGGGCGAUGCCAUUGCAAGCUUCCUAGAGUAUGAAGAUGACCAUACCAAGGAUCUCUCUCUGGUUACUCGAAGCGAUUUCAGCAGAGGGAAAUGGCCGGUCGAAGAGCAAGGAAAUCAAAAAUCCGAACUCGUUGCUAAAUUGAGGGUCCGGCGGUGGUUCUCCGCGGUUAGCAUCUUGCAAUGGACUUCGACUCUUCUACUAUGUGCUGGGUUUUUGAUAUUCACCUCUGUUGAGCUUGGUCAAAGCCUCACCGCAAGAAAGAGUGGAGGGCUCGCAAUAGACCUGCCAUCUCUCUAG